CCGUCUUGCCGGUUGGAGCGCCUCAUUGAAACGAGUCGUUCCAUUUAAAAUCAACAAUCAUGAUAAAAACAAUUAAAUAAAAAAUUUUUUUCCCAUCAAAAAAAGGAAAAAAAACUUGUGAAAAUAAAAAAAAGAAUAAAUAAAUUUUGCCAAUCGUUAGUUUUAGUGCAGUGCCAGUGAAAGUGUCCUCUCUUUGAUGCUUAAAAAAAGGAAGAGAAAAAUUUGAAUACUAUUUACGACAUAGAUCCCAACAAAGAAGAUUAUUGUUGCGCACUAUUGAUUCACCAUCAUUAGACACAAAAUCAUCAACAAAAAAAUAAAUAAAUAAAAAAAGAAACAAAUUGAGAUUUCCGUUUAGAUAACGUUCUUAGAAAUCGUGUGAAAAAUGCAAAAAACACUUCAGUGGACUUUGCAAAUUGUUUUUCUGGUUUUUUCGCCAAUUGCCAUCAAAUCACAAUCAACAGUGAAUAAACUGAGAGGCGUGUAUUCUUGGAAGGCGUUGGAAUUUGCUUUUCCAAAUAAUCAAGCAAGGGAAAAUGCAAUUUUAAUUGGCGAUUUUAUACCCGGGAAUCCUGUGCCAAUUGAUGUUGAUGUCGAUUAUGGAGGUAAUUACGGUCCAGUGAUAUUUGUUGCCAUUCCAAGAUUUCAAAAAGGCGUGCCAAUGACACUGGGAUAUGUUACUGACGCCUUAUCAGAGGAAAAUAAUCCAGUAAUAGCACCUUAUCCAGAUUGGUCGUGGAAUACCUUGGAAAAUUGCGAAGGCAUCAUAAGCGUCUACAGAGUACAGAUCGAUGAUUGCAGGAGAAUUUGGAUUUUGGACACGGGCGUAAUGGGCGAACAUAGAAAAUGUCCACCGCAAAUUCUAUCGUUCUCCCUCGAUACAAAUAAAUUAUUGAGUCGCUAUAGAUUUCCAAAGGGACAAUAUAAGGAUGAUUCAUUAUUUGUCACGCCUGCAAUUGAUGUGAGACCAGUAAAUGGAAAAUGUCGCGAUACAUUUGUCUAUAUUGCCGAUGUCACGUCAUUUGCAUUAAUUGUUUACGAUCAUCGACAGCAGAGAUCGUGGAAAAUUUAUAAUAAACUCUUUUAUCCAUAUCCAAUGCACGGGACAUUUCACAUUAAAAAUGAAACAUUUGAUUUAAUGGACGGAAUAUUGGGUCUUGCAUUGGGACCAUUGACGUCUGACGGCGACAGAAUUCUCUACUUUCAUUCGCUUGCAAGUCAAAUUGAAUCGAGAGUUUCCACUUCUAUUAUCAGAAAUUUUAGUUUAUUUCACGAACAUGCGGAAGCAGUUCCAAGGGCCUUUAAACCAUUUAAAAUGGAAAGAAGUUCACAGUCAGCGGCGGAAGCAAUGGAUCGAAAUGGUGUUUUAUUUUAUGGUUUAAUGUCCGAUUUGGCAAUUGGAUGUUGGAACAGUCGAGAAUAUCCAGAAUUUGGUGGUCUCAAUAUGGAAACUGUCGCUGUUGAUGGUGACACUUUACAAUUUCCUUCUGGCGUUAAGGUGGUAACGAACGAAUCAGGUCGACAGGAACUUUGGGUAUUAACGUCGUCGUUUCAAAGAUACAUGAGCGGUUCAUUGCAUCCAAAUGAGACGAAUUUUCGUAUUCAAGCGGCAUACAUCGAUGAACUGGUUCGUGGCACUAAAUGCGAUUGCACAUUCCACAAUAAUAAUAACAAUAAUUAUUAUCCUCCACCACAUCAUCAUUAUCAUCAUUCCACAAAAAUUUCAACUCGACCAUCAAUUUUAAAUAAAAAUUUUGAGCCAAUCAAUUUCCCCAUUCUGCUCGACACCUUGGAACGUGGCGUAUAUAUAGGAAAAAAUUAUAAUAAAAAUAUAAAUAUGUAUUCAUUAAAAAUUUUGGCUUUGCUUUGGCAAAUUUUUUUUCUAACAAUGGCAUUUGCGGAAAAAAUGAAUGUCAUUUACGAAUGGAAUUAUAUUGAUUAUGUGUGGAAUUCAUCGGAUGCUAGGGAUGACGCCAUUAGAACUGGAAAUUACGAUUUAAGAAAUCCGAUUCUUAUUGACGUCGAUCGAUCCGCAGAUGGAAGAACAUUUGUCACUAUUGUAAAAAGAAAAGGUGUUCCAGCAAGUUUGGGAGUUGUUUCAAAUCAAAAAGGACAGGGAGGUCCUUUAUUGAAACCAUAUCCUGAUUGGUCGUGGUUUAAACAAGGAGAUUGUGAUAGUAUCACUAACGUUUACAGAGUUGCUAUUGAUAAGUGCAAUAGAUUGUGGGUAUUAGAUAAUGGAGUGAUCGAUGACGAACAAGUGUGUUCGGCGCAAUUGUUAGUUUUUAAUUUAACCACAAAUAAAUUAAUUCACAGAGUGAAAAUACAGGAUCGAAUAUCACAAAAUUCACAAACUCAUCAGGGACUUUUAAUAACGCCAAUUGUUCAAACCGAGGGCGAACGUUGUGAAAAGUCAAGAGUUUUUAUAGCCGACGUAAUAGGACAUGGACUAAUAGUUGUAGAGUUACCAUACAUGUGGCGUUUGGAUGGUCCCUACUUUCAACCGGAACCAUUUCCAAAUUUAUCGGAUUCAACAAUUGCUGGCGAAACUUUCACAUUGAACGAUGGACUAUUUGGUAUGGCAUUGUCGCCAAAAAUUGGCAACAAUCCACAAUAUCUCGUUUUUCGUCCAUUUGCAUCGCGCUCAUUUUAUGCAUCACGAGUGAAUGACAUUAUGCAAACAAAAUUCGAUCAGCCAUUAGUUUAUUAUAAUUUCACCAAUGUUCUACCGAGUCAAUCGACAGCGCAGGCAUUCAGUUCAGAGGCGACACUAUUUUUUGGUCUCACUGGUCAAAUUGCAAUUGCAUGCUGGAAUCAGUACACGGAUUUGACAGCGGAAAAUAUUGAAAUUGUCGCACAAAAUGACGAGACGCUUCAGUUUGCAAGUGGAGUCAAAGUGAUUCCACCGUCAACGAGACAAGCUGAGGAAGAACUUUGGGUGGCAACGAAUCGUUAUCAAAAAAUUGCGCUUGGAACAAUGAAUUUUAAUGAAAUUAAUUAUCGUAUUUCGAAGCAAUCAGUGAGAAAAUUAAUUGCUGGCACUAAAUGUCAACUUCCUGAGAAAAUUAAACGACAAAUGCAUCGACAUUAAUAUUUAUUGAUUCGAUUUUAAUAUUAAUUUUUUUAUUAUUUUUAAUAUUCAAUUUCUAUUUAUUUUAAAGUCGUUGUAUUUUAAUGUUACUUUUAUUUUUGUAUACUAUUCUUUCUAUUU